AUGAAGCAGCCUCUCAAGACGAGCAGUGUUGCGGUCAACAGGCUGGGCGCACAGCAUGCGGCGCCAUCAGCAGGAACGGGCGCGCAGAAGACGACCGCCCCUGUGGCUAAGAAGCACGCACAGCAGCAGCAGCAGCAGCAGCAGCAGCAGCAACAACAACCAGCGCUGCAGACUCAGCAGGGACAGCAGCAGCAAGCGAGCGGUGGCAACCCUGCCCAUGGCCCCGGCGUCGAGCGCCAGGCGGCAGCGGCGAGUACCAGCGGCGCAGGCGGCGGCAGCGCACGAGGGGGCCAGACAUGGCAGCUGGACGACUUUGACAUCGGACGGCCGCUGGGGCGCGGCAAGUUUGGCAAUGUGUACCUCGCGCGGGAGAAGAAGAGCCAGUACAUCGUCGCGCUCAAGGUGCUGUUCAAGAGCCAGCUGGCGCAGUCCAACGUUGAGCACCAAUUGCGGCGCGAGAUCGAAAUCCAGUCGCACCUGCGCCACGCCAACAUCCUGCGUCUGUACGGCUACUUUUACGACCAGGAGAAGGUGUACCUGAUCCUGGAGUACGCGGCCAAGGGGGAGCUCUACAAGGAGCUGCAGCGAACAGGCCACUUUGACGAGAGGCGCACGGCCACGUACGUCGCCUCUCUGGCCCGCGCCCUGCACUACUGCCACACCAAGCACGUCAUUCACCGCGACAUCAAGCCGGAGAACCUGCUGGUCGGGAUGGACGGGGAGCUCAAGAUCGCAGACUUUGGCUGGAGCGUGCACGCCCCCCACAACCGGCGGCGCACGCUGUGCGGCACGCUGGACUACCUGCCCCCGGAGAUGGUGGAGGGGCGCGACCACGACACUAGCGUGGACAUCUGGGGCCUGGGUGUGCUGACGUACGAGUUCCUGUUUGGCGCGCCGCCGUUCGAGGCGGCCGGCCACCAGGACACGUACCGCCGCAUCGUGCGAGUGGACCUGCAGUUCCCGGACGCCCCGCGCGUCAGCGACGGCGCCAAGGAUUUCGUGCGCAGGCUGCUGGUGAAGGACGUGGGGGCCCGGAUGAAGCUGCAGGAUGUCGCGGCGCACCCCUGGAUCCGCGCCAAUGCAGACCCCAAGGCGCUCGCUGGGGGCAGCGCCAGCGGCGCCAGGGCGUAG